CUGCCAGCCCUGUUUUGUCUUGCAGUGGAGCUCGACCAUGCCCUGGGCCACCAGGAGCCCCACUGGAAGGAGUUCCGCUUUGACCUGACCCAGAUCCCGGCGGGGGAGGCGGUCACAGCUGCUGAGUUCCGGAUUUACAAGCUGCCCAGCACCCACCCGCUCAACAGGACCCUCCACGUCAGCAUGUUCGAGGUGGUCAGGGAGCGGGCCAACAGGGAGUCUGACUUGUUCUUUUUGGAUCUUCAGACGCUCCAAGCUGGGGACGAGGGCUGGCUGGUGUUGGACGUGACAGCAGCCAGCGACCACUGGUUGUUGAACCGUAACAAGGACCUGGGACUCCGGCUCUAUGUGGAAACGCUCUACGUCAGCUUCCAGGACCUCGGCUGGCUGGACUGGGUCAUCGCCCCCCAAGGCUACUCAGCCUAUUACUGUGAGGGGGAGUGCUCCUUCCCGCUGGACUCCUGCAUGAACGCCACCAACCACGCCAUCCUGCAGUCCCUGGUGCACCUGAUGAAGCCAGACACAGUCCCCAAGGCGUGCUGCGCGCCCACCAAGCUGAGCGCCACCUCCGUGCUCUACUACGACAGCAGCAACAACGUCAUCCUGCGCAAGCACCGAAACAUGGUGGUCCGGGCCUGCGGCUGCCACUGAGGGCCCCCCCACCGCCGCAGCGCUUCCCCCGGGAUCGGGCCCCUGGCCAGA